UUUACUUGCCACAGGGUUCUUCUUCUGGGACUGGGGGGUCUUAAAAGUUAAGUGAAAUCGAAGCAGAGUAGAUAACAGAGUGAGAAAGAGCGAGAGAUCUGAGAUCUGGUACACGGGUCUCGUAAACAUGGUGAUCUCUUCUCGAUCCUCUCGUAUGCUCUCUGCAGUCAUAGUUGUUGCUUUCUUCUUCUCUUUCGCAUUUGCUGAGAUUCGUUUCUCGGAGAUCCGGUCCGACGAUCGAUCAAUAAUCCCUUUCGAUGAGUUUGGAUUCACACACACGGGUCGCCUUGAACUCAACGUCUCCCAAAUUUCACUCUCUAACCCCAGUCCAGAACUUGAUCUCCAACAGGUUGGGUUUUUCCUCAGUACUAGAGAUUCCUGGAUCCAUGUCCUCCAACAGAUCCAGGAUCUGGAUAUCACCUGUGCUCUCCAAUCCGAUCUCGUCAAGGUUGUCUACACCUUUGAUCGUCUCAAAGGCGCUAAAAGCUUCAAUUUUGUCUUUACGGAGACCGAUGCGAAUCAGUUCACUCUUGUCUUCGCCAAUUGCCUUCAGCAGCUUCAGGUCUCUAUGGAUGUUCGGUCCGCCAUGUAUAAUCUCGAUCCAAAGACUGCUCGACCGGACUAUUUGUCAGCCGGCGUGACCAUUCUUCCAAGAAUUUACUUUCUCUUUUUCUUGAUUUAUUUCUCUCUGGCGGGUCUUUGGAUCUAUGUCCUUUACAAGAAGCGAUUGACUGUCUUCCGGAUCCAUUUUUUUAUGCUUGCCGUUGUUAUCCUGAAGGCACUCAAUCUUCUAUGCGAGGGAGAGGACAAAUCAUACAUUAAGCGCACCGGCAGCGCUCACGGUUGGGAUGUCCUCUUUUACAUUUUCAGCUUUUUGAAAGGGAUUACGCUCUUCACCUUGAUUGUCUUGAUUGGCACUGGCUGGUCCUUCGUGAAACCCUACCUGCAGGACAAAGAGAAGAAGGUCUUGAUGAUUGUGAUCCCACUCCAGGUUGUUGCUAAUAUUGCGCAGGUCGUGAUCGAUGAGAGCGGACCCUAUGCACAGGACUGGAUCACGUGGAAACAGGUUUUCCUGCUUGUUGAUGUUAUUUGUUGUUGUGCUGUACUGUUCCCUAUUGUGUGGUCCAUUAAGAAUCUGCGGGAGGCUGCUCGCACUGAUGGAAAGGCUGCCGUAAACUUGAUGAAGUUGACGCUGUUCCGGCAAUACUACAUUGUUGUUAUCUGCUACAUUUACUUCACACGCGUUGUGGUAUACGCCUUGGUGACUAUCACGUCAUACCGCUAUAUGUGGACCAGUGUGGUUGCUGGAGAGUUGGCAACUCUGGCAUUCUACAUAUUCACGGGUUAUAAAUUCCGGCCUGAGGUGCACAACCCAUAUUUUGUAAUCGAUGAUGAAGAGGAGGAGGCUGCGGCUGAAGCUUUGAAGCUGGAAGAUGAGUUUGAAUUGUGAUCACUCCGUAGAGGAUUUAUUGAUGCUGUUGGACUCUUUAUUUCGUCCGAUUGGCAAAAGAAAUUCGGUGAUAACCUUGAAGAAAAGAUGCUACAAUUACUGCAUUGGGAAGAUCAAGGUAGGAAUUCCAGUGGGUUCAUCGAUCAAUCAUUUUUAGGAGGCAUGAAGCUGUUGUCCAGCCUAAGUUUGUCUUCACUUCUCCCCUUUCCUUUUUGUUUAUGAUUUUCUGUAAGUGUUGUACUAAAGCAGCUUAGUUUCAUAGGCAUGGAUAUUUCUUCGUUACACAGUGCUUAGAAUUUAGAACUCCACAAUACCAGAUCCUCUGCCCAACUUUGGGU